CCUGUUUAUAUUCCAGUAAGGCUUCCGCCCCCUUCCUCUUCAAAGGGCGAGGGUGACUGUAAGCGGAAGUUCCGCCACCAAUAGAAGACAAAAGUUUGUGAAGGGGGAAGUGUAGAAAUCUGCGCGAUCGACGUUCUCUGCGAUCGAUUGGCAUUGUUUAUCCGGAAACGAAGAGGUUGUCGCCGAGAAGCUGAGAUCUUCACUACAUUAGACGGCAGCAAUAAUGGCUGCUGAGAAUCAAGGCUACCCGAAGACCUCCAUUGAGGACGAUUUCAACUACGGCAGCAAUGUGGCCUCGGCCAGCGUGCAUAUCCGCAUGGCUUUCUUGCGCAAAGUCUACAGCAUCCUUUCAGCUCAAAUUUUCUUGACCACAGUGACCGCUGCUGUUUUUCUGUACUCCACCACAAUUCGGACAUUUGUGCAUGACAGCCCUGGUGUACUUUUGCUGUCCUUGCUUGGUUCUUUGGCUGUGAUUGUGGCAUUAACUAUAUACAGACAUCAGCAUCCAGUUAAUUUAUAUCUUCUCUUUGGAUUUACCCUUUUGGAAGCACUGACAGUUGCUAUCACAGUGACUUUCUAUGAAGUAUCUGUUGUCCUGCAAGCCUUUAUUCUUACUACUGCUGUAUUUCUGGCUCUCACUGUAUACACUUUACAGUCUAAAAGGGAUUUCAGCAAAGCUGGAGCUGGGUUGUUUGCUUGCUUAUGGAUUCUUGUUCUCUCAGGCUUUCUUAGGCUCUUCUUCUACAGUGAAGUAGCUGAGCUGUUAUUUGCUGCGGCAGGAGCACUUCUGUUCUGUGGAUUUAUUAUCUAUGACACUCAUCUGCUAAUGCACAAACUGUCUCCUGAAGAAUACAUAUUGGCUGCAAUCAACCUCUAUUUGGAUAUCAUCAAUCUGUUUCUGCACCUGCUGCGUUUGUUAGAAGCAUUUAAUAAAAAGUAAUUGGAAGUUGUUCUUCAAAACUGAGAUUUGGCUAUAGUGUCUAAAGUUUAAUUUAAGACAUAGAAAACCAACAAUGUUCUCAAAGACUAAGCUUGUUUUUACAUUCCAGGGCUAUUGAGUGUAUUCAGUACAAAGGCUGUUAGAACUGUUAGUUAUGAUUCUAUUCUGAGAUCAGUUAAUUAUAUAUCACAGUCAUCUUGGCUGUUUUGCAAAGGUUUUGUUGCAUCUGUUUGCAUACUAUUCUUGAUUGAAAGACUGGUUCAUCAACCACCAAUUGUGUCAAUAAGCAGUAUUAACAUUCUAUUUUAUUUCUGCAGUAAUUGCCACAGAUGUGUCCUUUGAAAUUUACAAUUGUGUCUGAAUGUAUCUCCUUAAUUUUGCUGUUGCACACAGAAUAUUUAAAUAAGACAAACUUGUACUGAUUUUGAUCUUUUUGAAGGCUUGCCCUAGCAUUUUGAUUGAAGAAGUUAUUCCAAAACAUAGUUCUACUUCUUUUAACAUGUUUUAAUGUAAUUCUACUUAAAUAAAAUCAAUAUUCAUAUUCUCAGAUACCACUGUAUUUUGGAAGGAAUAAACUAAUGAAGUUAUAGUGUUCUUUAUAUGACUUGGUUCUGGAGGUAGAUAAUUGUCAGAAAUUUUUAUUUGCCACCAGUGUCUUCUAUUGUGAAGAUCUGCAGGUUGGUAAAAUUUUAAUAAAUGCAAAAAACAUUA